AUGAACAGUGCCGAAUUAUAUCAUAAGAGCAACACGCUGCAAAAGAGGGAUGCCCGACAAUGUUUAGAAGAGUAUGCAAAAAAAAUUAAAUGGAAAAACGACGGUGAUGCCGUUAUAGAUAUCGGUUGCGGAGAUGGAAGCGUCACCACCAGUAUACUGAAAACUUUCUUACCAAAUAACUGCAAGGAGCUCGUAGGAUGCGACAUUAGCGAGAAAAUGAUACAGUUUGCUAACGAACAUCACGCCAUGGAUAAUACCAGCUUCACGCAGCUCGACAUAGAAGGUGAACUGCCUGACGAACUUCGUGAAAGAUUCCAUCACGCAUUUUCUUUUUACACUCUACAUUGGGUUAGACAACAGGAAACAGCAUUUUCAAAUAUCUACGACCUUCUAGUGAGGGGUGGCGACUGUCUUUUGGUAUUUCUUGGUCACAUGCCGGUAUUCGACGUAUACAGACUCCUUGCCAGAUCAACUCGUUGGAGUUUCUGGCUGAAAGACGUGGACCGAUAUGUAUCGCCAUAUCACGAUUGUCAGGAUCCUGAGAAAGAUAUAAAGAGGAUGAUGACGACCAUAGGAUUCAAAAACGUGGAAGUCAAAUGUGUUCAGAAACUAUUCGUGUACACUAGCGUGGAAGCCGUUAAAAAGGCGGUGAAUGCCGUUAAUCCGUUUAAAAUACCGAUAGAAAUGCAGGAAGAAUUUUUAGAGGAUUAUGUUAAAAUAGUUCGAGAUAUGCAGCUCGUGGAUCACGUAAAUAACAACGUAGACGGACCUGUCCACGUGAGAACCAACUAUAACCUCAUUAUAGUAUAUGGUAAAAAGUAA